GGGGGGGACCGAAACCGAAACCGAGUCGGAGUCGGAGGAAGACGAUGGAGCUGAAUCUGAUACAGAAUCCGAGACGGAGCAGCCCGGGGAUGGAAAUACUAGUUAUCGAGCCAGAGUCGGAAUCAGACUCCGACUCAGAUUCAGAUUCGGAUACUCGAUUUAUAUCAGCGCGCAGAGCUCAGAUACAAAUGCCUAGUGUGCCUCCCCCUCCUCCUCCUCCUCCUACACCUACACCUACACCUACACCCCUCCAAAUGUGCACCCUCUACGACCUCGUAACCAACAACCACGGCCUAACUCACAACUGGCUCUUUAUCUGGGCCGACCCUGGGAGCCCUCGCCACGGAGCACCCCGGAAAAUCCACGACCGUGCCCCUGCCCGAGUCCCAUUCCCGGUUUCUGUCGGGGUUGUUGGCAGAGCAUGGACUGGUGAUGGUCGAGUUUUCGACGUUCCAGUGUACGGGGCGGAUGCCGUGGGCGUUGCCCAGGGGGGUUGUGUUUCGGCGGAGGAAUGAGUAUCAGGUAGUUAGGGAGCAGGUGGAGAUGACUGGUGAGGUUGCGGAGGGGAGCGGGUGGGA